AUGAGUAAUGGAGACCCUCAAAUAGACUUUUCCAGGAAGCCAAAGAAUGAUGGUGGGAGUACAACAAGUUAUAACGGUGGAGCUGGUGUUACCUUUACGGUCACAAAGGGUACUACCAGUGUACCGGGAUUCUUCAAGCAUGUUCAUAAACCUAAUAAAUCACAGGUUACUCUGAAUAGGACACUUGAAGAUAGAGAUGAGAUAAGAGGGGGCUUUAUGGGAUCAGGGAAAUUCAUAAAGGAUGUUAAGGAAGUUUCUGUCUACUACUGGAAUGGUAAUCUUAACGACCCAAUCCUACUUGGAAUAACUGCCAAGGGUACUAGCGCUGAUAUAGAGACAAAAUACUUUAGUAAAGGUAGUUCCUGGUUGAAUGGUCCAGUAGAAUAUCUGAAUGAACAACAGGCACUUGAUGAACAGAAUUGCUACAAUAAUAAUGCUGUAGUGUUCAAUAUAAGAGAUUCUCAUUCAGGUCAUAUUCUCAAAGAGUAUAAAGCUAAUUGCAUGAAUAAGACUAGAAAAAUAGAAUCUGAAACUUCUCCUAAUCCUCCAGGAAGUGAAUAUAUCGCUAAAGCACAUAUCAUUCGUGAUAAUGAUAGGGAUACAAGAAUAUCUAGAGUAACUUACAACGGUAAGCCCACUGAUAUUCUUCCUGUUAAUUUUCCGGUCGAUGUAAUAACACUCUACUCAUAUCCAGCUAGUGAAGAUGUACCUCUUAUGAUUGAGUUUAAACCAAAUGGUGUAGGGCAUUCCACUUUUUAUGCAAGUAGAGGUUCAAAUAAUUGGCAAAGGAUUGAUGAGGGAUCACAGAAAUUUUAUGAUGACGAACACUUGCGCAGUCAAACACCAAAAGAUGCUCUGUCCGGAAAACUCGAUGAGGUACUUUGCUCAUAUUACGACAAUAUUACUUUGGACAUAUCCCUAGAGAAUUCUGAGAAACAUGCCAAAUAUGAAACUAAGUAUUGUUGUAACAAACAUGAACAUAGUAACCAAGGAAGGGUCUCUGUAAGUGAAGUACAAGUUUCUUGUAAAGAGCCUAAGCACAACAAAGGUUCUCUUACAACUUAUAAACACUCUAUUAUCAAUGGAAAUCUUGGCGGUAUUAAGUUUUACGAAGAUGGCAACAUAAGACAAAGAAGGUGUGUUAAAUCUAAUGCAUUAAAAUUUCCAAUCUAUGUAAAUAGUCUCUUUGUAUUUUACUGUCAACAAAAACCUGCUCUUAUAUAUGUGGACGGAACAUAUCAAUCCAAGGGUUGGUAUAGGAAGAGCAGUAGAGGUUAUGAGUACAACUGGACAUUGAUUAAUACUGGGCUUAAAGAUAUAAUAGGAACUGACUUAGAAAAUGGACUUAGUUGUGAUAAGUGGCAAAAACUCCAGACAUAUCUAGAGGCAGUUGGUUGUAGUCCCUUUGGAGACCGCUCUGAUGGUUUAGGACGUUCAGAAAGUCUACAUCAGGACGUUAGACCGAUAGAAAAGUCUGACAAUGAGGGAGAAUUUCAACAAUAUUCUGGAGGAUCCAAUGAAGAAGAGGAAGUACUGCUUGAGAAGGACGAUUCACCAUCUAAUUCUCAGCCCGUAGCUUUACCUGUAACAACCUCUCCACCUAGCAUUAUCAUAAACAUAAAGAAGGAUACUAAUGGAGGGAAACUAGGACCUGAUACAUAUACUUCUGGAGUAUCUAAUCAAAAGGUCAAGUUGGUAAAGUCUGUAGACCCUCUUAGCUCCGGUUUCUUUAAGUUCACUCACAAGCCACCCAGUGGAGGAUCUUUUAUGGUUGACAAAGUAAUAUUCGGGGAAAUUUCUAGGGAUAUUACUACUGAUAUAGGAGUUAACUCUGACGAAGAGAUCGAUCAUCUUGCAGUAUGGUACUGGUUCGGGGACGGUGGCAUGAAGAAGCCUCUUUUAGCAGAGAUACUCAAGGAAGGAAAAUAUACCUAUAAAUCUGCUAAACCAGGUAAUAACUUAAGUUGGACUUCAUCUGGAGAUUCUCAAUCUGAACAACUCAAAGAUGAACUCCUUGAACAGAAACUGGAUGACCUCAAUUGCUACCAUAAUGGCGUUGUUGUAGUGGAUCUUACAGAGUCUCAUUCUAAGAAACAUAUCAGCAGUGGAACUUACUGUUGCGGUUACCAUAAUAAUGGAGAGAGUAAAGUCUCCGUUGAGUCAAAAAAGGUUUCUUGCUCGACACAUUUAAGCUCAACUCCUAUUCCCUAUUUCAAACAUGAUGUUAAUACUUCUGGUGAUGGAUUGAAGCUAGGAACUAUAAAAUAUUAUGCAGAUGGAGGUAAAAAAUCUAACAGCAAAAGAACUAGAAUAACUAUUACCAGACUGAACUUACCAACCUCUGAUGUACAAGCUGUAUAUGCAUUCCACUGCAAGGAUGGUAUUCCAGUUCUCAUAUAUCUUUCCUCGUCUUCAGACUCUUCAAAAAAAGGAUGGUACAAAAAAGGCACUUAUGUUGGUAAUGGCAAUGAGGAAUGGAUAACAACCUUCUCUGGACUCAAAGAUAAAAUACCUGACAAUUUCAAGAGCUGUAGUGAUGGCAACUUUAGUAAACUUGUAAAAACUUUAAGAGAACUUGGAUGUAACCCCUUGCAAGAAUGUACUCUUGAUCCAGAACAUCUUGGACAGAAUGGAGUUCAACGUGAGGAAGUUCCAGCUGCUGACUUAACUGACCAGGUUCCUGAUACAGAGUCUGAGACUAAGAUUCUCAUACAAGGCAUUCCAGUGGCUCAAAUGGCUGGAAACGUUUCUCCUGUAGUAGGUUAUACUUUUCCAGCACUAAGUGGUUCUAGAGGUACUGCUCUUUGCGGAGAAGAGGGUGGUUUUAAUAGACCCUUAUCUCUACAAGGUGCUACUCUUCCAGUACUUAUACAUGGUUCUAAUUUUCGGUAUACUAUGGAAGAAAACAAACUUCCUCCUCCUAUUAUUAUAGAUGAAACUAUUCAACCUGCUGAUGUUUAUGCUAGUAAAGCUGAAGAACUCCCUGAAGGAGGUGGACAAGAUACUGCUAAAUCUCUUGAUCAAAAUUCUCAAGAAAAUUCUGAAACUCCUGAUGGCUCACCUUACCAAGGUACUACUCGUAAUCAAGGUGGAGGCAAUACUGAUGAAUCUGAAACUGCUCCAUCUGGAGGUUCUGGUACUGUAGAACUAGGCUCAGGUACUGAUGAUAGCCAACUUGGUAGUAGAGAUACCGUUGGAGCUGAAUUUAAAGCUAAAAAAGUCAAAGAACCUGAACCAAAUGAACGAGUACAAAAUACUCUUCAACAUAAAGCUGGUAGAGCUAAAGAACAAGGUAUUACUAAUACUAAACCAUUGCCUGGUCAGGGAACUUCUGCUACUCCUCCUACUCCUAGACUUCCUGGACCCAGAGAGCCUGGUCAAAAUGGUGCUGGUGAUAGUGAAGAUACUUCUCCUGAAGGUACUACUCUUUCUCCUUCUGCUCUUCAAUCUGCUUCUGCUCCUGAUGCUCAUUCUCCUGAUCCUUUAUCUCCUGAAGAAUCUAAUGCUGCUCAAGAAGCUCCUCAACCUCCUAGUGCUCCCCUUCCUCCACCUCUUGCUGGUUCUGAAGGUGCUACUGGUGCUAAAGGUGAAGCUCUUGCUCGAUCAGUCUCAGCCUCAGGUCGUGGUAAAGAUUCUCAAACUAACUCUUCUACUAAUGAUUGGAAAGUAAUUUUCGGGGGCUCUGCUUCUGCCACUGUAGUUUCUGGCUCUCUUACUGGAUUUGGCUGGUGGUUGUAUAAACGUUCUAAAGGAGACCCUUGGGUCAGACAGAUUUGA